CUCCUAAACCUCUCCCCCGCUUCCAGCUCGUUUCCUCCCACUGGAGUUUAAGUAAAGUCCCACGCUUAAAAAAAAAAUCAGGCAGCAGCAGCAGCGGUUGGGCGGGGAGGGACUGUGACCUUAUAGCCUCCAGCCUGGCACCAGUACAGGUUUUAAACCGGCCGAACCCUCUGGGACAAACUCAAACGUAGUAGCUAGAGUCUCCGCUGGGUGUCUUUUUACUCUCCCUGCGGCCAUGAGCACGGACAAGCAGAGCAAGCAGGUGCCGGAGUGCGCUGGAUCUCUCUCCCCAUCCAAAGGCCAGAAACCCCCGAGGAUGCCCAAGUGCUCCCGCUGUAGGAACCACGGUUAUGUGUCUCCUCUGAAGGGACACAAGCGCUUCUGCAACUGGAGGGACUGCCAGUGCCCAAAAUGUAAACUGAUAGCCGAGAGGCAGAGAGUCAUGGCGGCCCAGGUCGCCUUGAGGAGACAGCAGGCUCAGGAGGAGGAGCUUGGGAUUUGUAGUCCAGUGACUCUGACUGGCCCAGAGGUGAUGGUGAAAAACGAAACUGGACCAGACUGCCUGUUCUCUGUGGAGGGACAGUCCCCGACACCUCCCAGCACCUCCAUGUCCUCUCCUGCUGUCACAGGGAGUCGCUCGGCGUCGUCCCCCAGCCUGUCGGCCGGUGGCAGGGCUCACGCCGAGGGAACGUCCGACCUGCUGAUGGAGUCCCCCUAUUACAACUUCUACCAGCCGUCACGCUACCCCACCUACUACAGCAACCUCUACAACUAUCAGCAAUACCAGAUGCCCCACAGCGACAGCCGCCUGUCCGGCCACAGCGUGUCCUCUCAGUACCGCAUGCACUCCUAUUACCCAGCAGCCACUUACCUGACUCAGGGCCUGGGCUCCACCACCUGUGUGCCACCCAUCUUCAGCCUGGAGGACAACAACAACAACAACAACAACAACAACAACAACUGCUCUGAGGCAAUGACAGCCUCGUUCUCGUCCAGUAGCCUCACCACCGCUGACACUCCCGUGACCUGCAGGUCCAUCAACUCCCUGGUUAACUCUGACGUCAAGGUCGAGUGCGAGGCCGGCGGCGAGAUGGCCAACUUCACCGUCAUCGACGUCGACACCACCAAAUAAUGAAGCUAAGGAUACAACCAAAAAGCCAUAUGAAAUCAGUUUAGAAAAAAGCUUAUGUUCUUGCAGUUUCACAGUUCGCUGUUGCUUCAGGUUUCUUUUUUCAUAAACCUAUAUUCCGUACUUUUUAGUUCAUUUUUAGCUUCAAAGCUGUGGAAUCAUUUGUUGAAACCAGUCAAAAAUUGUUCAAGUUCACAGAUAACAACAUGCAAACAUUAGAGAAAGGCUAUUUUAAAAGUUAAUUAAAUGUAAAAGUAGAUUUAAAUCAAGAUUUGACCAAAUUAUAGAAACUAAAUAGUGAAUGGUUGCAUAUGUAUAAAGUUAUACGCUUGUUUUUUCAGCUUUAGAAAGCAACUGUUAAUGUAAAGCAAUGUGUUUUUAUAUUAUCCAAAAGAUAAAGUAACGCAGUACGCAGAAUAAUGACAUUAAAAUCCUUUCUAGCCUACAGUAAAAUGACUAGUGCAGCUUUCACACAGUACCAGUCAUGAUGUGUUUCCUUUAACAGUGAGUUAGUGGUGAUUAGUUCGGUGUUAGUCGACUAUUUUUGACAAUCAGACUAUUGACUUUUUGAGCAGAUAAACAGGAAUCACUGUCUCUGUAUGUCUUAAGCACUUAUUUAGAAAAUGUCAGAAGUGAAAUUUGGCCAAAUGAAGUCAGCAUGUGCCUUAAUUUCUUUUAAUUUCCCCCCAGUUUACAUGCAGUACAUACAAUAAUACGCAUAGUUGAGUUAGUUAGAAAAAUGUUUUGUGGUCCAGUAAACCAAUAGACUGAAAAAGAUGACCCCACCGUUCUUAGUAGACAUUGAUCUGGUGCUCUGUAAGUUAAAAGAUGUCCAGAAAUCCAGGGUUAAAAUUGGACUAAACUUUGUCUGAGCAGCAACAAUUAAUAGAUUAAUAGAUUUUUAUUCUCUUAUUUCAGCCUCUCCAGUGUGAGGAUUUACUGCUCAUAUCAUUGUAAACUAAAUAUCUUGUUGUCAUACUGGUCUCUGCUAGGAACAAAAACAGAGAACUUCUAAAAUGAUGUUAACUUUUGAAGAUAUCCACUCAGUUUGUGUAACUCAGACAGCUGAAGCCUCUUUGACUUCAGAUAACCUUUGGAGUGUAAUUUCACACCAAAUGAGGACUUUAUCACUUACACUCAAUCUGUUACAAAACAAAUCCCGUGAUAAGAAUACACCAGACGUCUAUUUUUUUCUUAAAUAUGUCACAAAUAUUGUCGAUAAUAACUCUUUAAAUUAUUUUUUUAAGAAAUGUGACCCAGAUUUGAAGAUUUAAACUGAGUGGGAUAUUUUAAUCAGACACAUACAUCUGCAGUAAGAUAAUAUUGAUUGAUUUAUCUGUGUGGCUUCAUUAAAAACAUCCAGUUUAACCCAGAUUUAUGCCUGGACAUCUUUUUACUUGCACCAGUGAAACACAGUUAUCUAUCCCUGAACAGCAGUCACAUCAUCACACUACACGCAUUCCUUUCUUCUGUGUCUCUGAGUUAGAGUUAAAAGUAAAGAUCCACCAUCAGAGACACAGAGAUAUCCUCCUGUAGGGCGGCUGCAAGAGAGCAUAAAAAAAAAUCCAAACAUGCAGGUUAGACAUGAAUCAUGUUUCCCUCGGUUGUGUUGGCGUGUGAUGAGCACCGGCUGCUUAUUUAUGAUGCCACUGAUCCAGUGGCAUCAUUUAUUCCAGAGAAUUUGCAUGUCUAUUGUAUAUUUAACCCCUUCAGGCCAGGAGUUUUGCUAUGGUGGAUAUAGACAGAGCAGAGGCUGAAGUGAAGAACUGAAACUCCACAAAAUAAAUCAGCAACUAUUUUGAUAAUCAGCUAAUCAUUUUAAGCACAAAAAUGCUAAAUAUUAGUUGUUUUCAGCUUCUCAAAUGUUAGUAUUUGCUGCUUCUAUUUUUUUCUUGUCUUAAAUUAUAAUAAAUUGAAUAUUUGUUGGGUUUUAGACUGUUUCGGAUAAAAAAAAACAAUUUGAAGAUGCCGUCACCAUCAGUCAUUUUCAUUAUUUUCUGAUACUUGCAGCCCUUCUAAACUCUACAGUUGUUUUUAACAGAUAAAAUACAGGUAAUAUUUGCAUUUAAAGAGCAAUAACCCCCAAAACAAACUCUUUUUUUACUUUAUGAACUAAUGAACGUUAUCCUGUUUGCCCACAUGUGAGUUUAAUUUGAAUAUUAAUUAAAAAACAACUCAGAUUUUUUUUUUCCAACUUUUCCGCCGUUGUGAAGCUGACUAGUACACUACUGUACUGUUUAUGUGUUUUGUGUUUUAUGGAGAUUCAUUUCGAAUUGCAUGCUUUGAAAGUGUUUAUUUGUGUUUGUGUUUGAAUAAGACAGCAACAAAAGUAA